ACAGUUGUAAGUGUGAGUACAGGUCGUAAAGCACUUUUUCUGAGGCCAUUGUAACUUUGAACCAUCAUUAAACGAACAGUCAUAAGUCAAGGACUACCUUUAUGUAUUUGGUAAGAAGGUUGUUCAGGAUUUAGACAAUAAUCCUGAUCUAUGUUGUGUACAUCUUCUGUGUUGUGUGCUUAUAUACAAAGAGCAAUUUUAUUGCUGUGUUUUGGAAGAUAGUUUUUUCAAAGCUAUAUACCCCUCCCCUCCCCUUCCCGAAUCACAACAGGCACCUACCAGACAUAAUUAAAAAUACUUUAUUCAUUUCUUUAAUGUUGCCAAGAAAACUAUGAAGUCAUCAGGAGCUGAACUUGACUCAAAGUAUAUUUUACCUUUACCUGAUUCCAGAGAUAUAGCAAACUUUAAUACCAGUUACAUGAAGUCAACAGAUCUUGUAAUUAUGUAAUUAAGAUAUCAAUGGGAAUUAUAUGUUCCUCUCAUAAUUCUUACCACCUUAAAAAAAAGCUGCUAGAUGAUCCAGAACUGAUGGAAGACAAUUUUCAUAGGGGCAAGGCAUUGAUGAAGGGAAGACCAAACAAGUGAAACUAAAGAUGUGGACAUUAAUUGCUAAGAAUGUGUUAAGAACAAAACUUUUUGAAUCCUGUUCUCAAAUUCUGCUGCAAACACCAAAGGGCAAGCCCAGUUAUCAAAAGUAUUUCUCAUUGAGCAAGCCUUGGCUAUGUUCAUCUAGGGUAGCACAGGCAGUUCAGACCUUCAAUAUCAGACCAGCUAUUCAGAAAGUAGAAACUCUAGAGAAAAAACAGUUUAUCUGUGUUCAUUGGGAGGAUGGAAGUGAGAGCCUUUACCCUUCAGUGUGGCUACGAGACAAUUGCCAGUGCCCAGACUGUUUCUUACACUCUGCUAAAGCACGCAAGCUGCCUCUGGAAAAUCUAGAUAUCAGUAUCAAGGUGAAGGAUGUCACUUUGACAGAACAGAAAAAGAAGGUAAAUAUUGUAUGGCCAGAUGACCACACCAGUGAAUUUGAAGCUGAAUGGUUGAAGAAAAGGUGUUUUUCUGACCAAGCUAGAGCAAAAACACAAGAAGAAUUAUUUUUCUCAGAACGUCAGUAUUGGGGUUCUGAUCUUGAACUCCCUACUAUGUCCUUUGAAGAGGUGUUGCACAGUGAUGAAAGUGCAUACAAGUGGUUGCUUACCCUUAAAAAGGUGGGAAUUGUACUGCUAACAGGAGCUCCUAUUAAACAGGGAGAAAUUCUGAAGCUUGGGCAACGGAUUGGAUUCCUUCGCCUCACAUUUUAUGGGACUACUUGGCAGGUGCAAGACAAAGUGGAUGCCAACAAUGUGGCGUACACAACUGAGAAGCUAAGUUUUCAUACCGAUUACCCUGUUCUGCAAUUUCCACCAGGGAUUCAGUUACUGCAUUGUAUAAAACAAACUUCUACUGGAGGGGGCAGUGAAGUUGUGGAUGGAUUUCAUGUUGCCAAUAAGUUUAAGGAGCAAAAUCCUUAUGCCUUCCAAAUCUUGACCUCUACCUUUGUAGAUUUCACAGACAUCGGAGUUGAUUACUGUGAUUUCGCCAUGCAGUCCAAACAAAGAAUUAUAGAUGUCGAUGAAAAGGGCCAAGUGGUUCGUAUCAAUUUUAACAAUGCAACCAGAGAUACAAUAUUUGACAUACCUGCUGAAAAAGUAAAGGCAUUUUAUGCUGCUCUCAAGGACUAUGUUGAUCUCCUAAAUAGCGUGGAUAAUAAAUAUUCAUACAAAAUGAAGCCAGGUGAAAUAGUGGUGUUUGAUAAUUGGCGUUUACUUCACGGUCGGCAGAGUUACCAGGCAGGAACAGAAAUAUCCCGUCACCUUGAAGGGGCCUACGCAGACUGGGAUGUAGUAAUGUCAAGGCUCCGAAUCUUACAAAAGAAUGUCCUGAGGAGACAGUGCCUUUGAAGGUUGGACUAAUGAGAACUCUUAACCUUUGCUGGGAUUGGAUGGUUUUUCCACAAAGGCAAAUGGACCUAAUAUAUUUCCAGUUAAUUCAGGGAAUUCCUGGAUAAGCUAGAUGUUAUCUAUCCUGUUAAAUGUGUCAAUCAGGGUUUUUCAACCAGGGUUCCAUGGAACCUAGGGUUCCACGAGGGGCUCCCUGGGAGAUCACAAUUUAUUUAAAAAAUUAUUUCAUAUUCGGGCAACUUCACAUUAAAGAAGUAAGUUUCAUUCUUUAUUUAGUUUAAGAAGACUGUUAAUACAUAUAUACAGGCCUACACAUGAAACGAGUAUAAUAAUUUUGUAACAUCUGGUCUAUAUUUGAGCCUACGUGUGCAGGGAUUCCCCAAGGCCUGAAAAAUAUUUUAGGGGUUCCUCCAGGGUCAAAAAGGCUGAUAUGACGAUGAUGAUGCUAUUCGUUCAAUCGUGUCCGAUUCUCAGUGAUUCUAUGGAUCAGAAGGUUGAUGUAGGUGAUCUCUAAAACAACGAAAAACAUGGGUUCCUACUAUGACAGCACAUACUUUGCCCUUUCCUGCUAAUUAGAGUCUGGGCAACUCCCAAGUUUUCCAAAGAACUAUGAGGAAUAGAAUAACAAGAACCAAGAAUAGCAUGGAAGUGUUGAAAACAUUUAGCAAGUUCCUGUCCGUUUUGGAGGCCUAAGCGUUAGCAGUCAGGGCGGCAAAGAAAUCAGAGGUGGAAUGGGAAGCUGCCUUUGUGAAGGUCCUCCACUGAGAAGUCCAUUGCUACCAGCCAGGUUAUUUUCUUUCCAGAGCCUUAAAAGUUAAUGGUCUGUUUGAUAUUUUCUCCUGGGCAUGUUUUGUGAUUUUUCACAAAUGAGCGUAAGCUGCCUCACAGGCACAAAACCAAGAUAAUAAUGAAGAAGAACAAGAAUUUCUGUUUCAGCUUUUAAAGUAGCAAUAUGCUGCUCUUUCCAUUUGUGUGCCUUGUAUGCACCAACAUUUUUUAAAUGAGAAAUAAAGGCUUGUGUGAAACAAGCUGAGAAUGCUUUUCUUUAAAAAUAAUGAAAUCUUAGUAAAUGAAUAUAUUCAUACAUAAAAUGCAUAUCAUUGAAAUUAUAAUGAGGCUAAAUGUAUGUUUUUCAUACUACCUGAAGUUUUAUAACAGAAUUGCAACAAAUUCUUGCAAGAAUCAAACCACUGUGCUCAACACAUUGAGUUUAGCACAAUGUAUGAAUUCAACUAUUCUCUUAAUCCCAGUUCUUUCUAAUGAUGUCUACCAUAUGAAAUGGAAUAAUGCCCUGACCAUUUUUCAAAGGUGAUUUAAAAGAACUAAGAUGAAUUAUUUUUAUGCAAGAGUAGAUCUUAGAGAAUAAUACAGGUAGUCCUUGACUUACAACCAUUCAUUUAACAACCAUUCAAAGUUACAACAGUGCUGAAAAAAAUGACAACCAGUCCUCACACUUACAACCAUUAUAGCGUCCCCAUGGUCACAUGAUCAAAAUUCGGGCAUUUAGCAACUGGCAUGUAUUUAGAAUGUUUCCGGGGUCACAUCGCCAUUUAUGACUUCCCCAGGGGCUUCCGGUAAGCAAAGUCAAUGGAGGAAGCUGCAUUCACUUAACAACCGUGUGAUUUGCUUAAUGACCACAGCAAAAAAGGUUGUAAAAUUGGGCGCAACUCACCUAACCGUGUAUCUUAGCAGUGGAAGUUCCAGUCUCAAUUGUGGUCGUAAGUCGAGGACUACCUGUACAGAGUAUCCAGUCGAUACUGUUGCUAUUACUAAUGUUUAUGGUGAUUUUUUUUCUCUGACUUGCAGCAAAAUAGCUUUUGGCAAGUGAACUGUCAAAGAACAGUUGAUUCUCAAGUGGGAAUGUCUAACUCCUUGUUGGACUAUCAUUUAUUCCCACAUUCAUAACUGCAAUCAUCUGCCUCCAUCUCAGUCAGCUGGAGGGUUUGCACAUGCUUAUGCAGAUUAACUGAUCCACACUGAACUGAAUAAUUUGUCACUGGAAGCCUGCUUACCCCCUUUAGCUUCUGCCUUUGUAUGUAGCUACAUAUAAAAUCUGUUACUUGCACUCUUUCUCUGCCUAAUGCUGAGUUUCAUUGCCUAUAUUUGCACUGUCUCUCUCAAGAAGACUGCCACCUUAAGCACUUUCCCCAAGGUAAGUUUCAUGACACCACUUGGUUCUUACUUCUGAACAAUCUUAAGAGCCUGGUAGUAUCAUGCAAAUAUCAGUUGUGUUUAAUUAUGUAAAUCUACUGAUAAUCCCUCAUCUUGAUAAUCAAGAUGAUCAUCUCUCAUCUUGGAAAAGUCUACAAUAAUCCACACCAUAUCCAGAGAGUAAAUGGAAAUCCUAAGGCACGUAUUAGCUGUACAAAGGAUCUUGGGCUUAGCCCUUAACAUUUCAAAAAGAUCAAGUAGAAGUACUUUCCUUUAAGUAUCUGCGCUAACAUCCUGGAAUGCUCUGGAAUAGCAUGUGGAUGGCCAUUCAUAUCUCUUCUGUUCUGCAGUUAUGUAUCUGAACAUUCUGUGUGAUUCAGAUAUGGUUUCCAAAACAGAUUCCAUAAACGUUCUUCUGUGUAAACUUCUCUGCAUUACAUCAUUAGUUUUAGUUUUUUAUCAAAGCAGAACGUAGAUUAAAAAAAAAUAGCAUUGUAAAACCCAUUUUUAUCCUGAAAAAUGUAAAAUGUUUAAAUCAAAUCUGUUCAGCUUAUGGUUGCACUGAAAACAUGUGCUGCAAUAUAAACCUAUCAGCCAACAAGAAAAAGUAAGGCUGAAUUGAAAUGUUCAGGUUCAUUUGAGAAAGUAGACAAUAUUAAAGUUUCUUUUUCUUAUGUUAAAUUUUGGCAUAUUAAAGCUUGAUAUAAUGCAGCCAAAACUAUGUAACAUAUUACACACAUUGGCUUUUAACUUUUGCUUAAUUUCCAAAUCUUUCUCUUUUUCCAUUCAGACAGUCUAAUGUGUAUGUAUUAAAAUGAAAAUCCAAUGCUCUUAUUCAUGAAAAUGCAGAUCACACUGUUGAGAUAGUGUUUUCUGAAACUGAAACCAAAAUCCUCAGAUUCAGUUCAUUCACUUAAUUUUGGACAUAAUGUUUUGCCUUUAACUUUCCCUCAGACUUUCUAAGAAUCACUUUGUUUCGUGUAUUUAUGCAUCAAUAAAAUCUAGUAUGGGAAUCAAUUAA